AUGGAGGAAGGUCGCGCCUGGCAGCCCAUGGAGAGCGGCCGCGGGAGUCCCUCGGCUGAGGGGCCGGCGGCCGGGCUCCCCCAGCGCCCGCGGAAGCCGGACGGGGCGGCCGAGAGCGCGAGGGGCCCAGGCGGGCCGCGGCGCGCCCUGAGGGUGGUGUACGUGUGCAAUGAGAGCCUCGAGGACGACGCGGCCGACAGCCCCGAGGAGGGAGCGUUCCAGUGCCUCGUGGGGGCCUGCGAGGCCCAGGGCGCCCACCUCACCACCAUGCUGUUCGAGGUGCUCGACUUCGAGGAGACGGCCAAGCUCGACGCCUUCUACUACGCAGAUGUUGCCGUGGUGGACAUGAGUGAUAUCUCCAAACAGCCUUCACUAUUCUACCAUCUUGGAGUUCGAGAAAGCUUCGACAUGAUCAAUAAUGUGAUCCUGUACUAUGACACUGACCUUGACACUGCUAUUUUAUUAAAGGAUAUGGUAACUCAGAAAAACACAGUAUCUGGUGGAAAUUAUUAUUUCAUCCCAUACAUUGUGACACCGUGUUCUGAUUAUAUUUGCCGUGAGAGUGAUUUCCAGAGGCGUGCCUCAGAGUACAUGCUACCCAACUGGGACGCCAUGCUGGGUCCCUCGCGUGUGUCCUUGAUUGACAGGUUCACUAGCCUCCUCAAGGACAUCCACAUGACCUCAUGUGUUUAUUACAAAGAAACCUUGUUAAAUAAGAUCCGGAGAGCCAGAGAGAAAUAUGAGGGCGAUCAACUGGCAAAGGAGCUGUCUCGGAUCAAACUCAGCAUAGAUAAUACUGAGAUUCUGACUUCAGACAUCGUCAUUAAUUUACUGCUGUCCUACCGCGAUAUCCAGGACUACGAUGCAAUGGUGAAGCUGGUAGAAACGCCGAAAAUGCUGCCUGCAUGUGAUUUGAGCGACCAACAUAAUAUUAAAUUCCACUACGCAUUUGCACUGAGUAGGAGAAACAGCGCAGGCGACCGUGAGAAGGCUCUGCAGAUCAUGCUUCAGAUUCUGCGGGACUGUGACUGCCCAGCUCCCGACAUGUUCUGCCUAUGUGGAAGGAUCUACAAGGACAUCUUUUUGGAGUCACACUGCAAAGAUAAUGCCAGCAGAGAGAGCGCCAUUGAGUGGUAUCGCAAAGGGUUCAAGCUCCAGCCAUCUCUUUAUUCUGGAAUUAACCUUGCAAUUUUGCUGAUAGUUUCUGGACAACAAUUUGAAACAUCCUUGGAACUAAGGAAUAUAGGUGUCCAGCUGAACAGUUUGUUGGGAAGUAAAGGGUGCUUGGAGAAAAUGAACAAUUACUGGGAUGUGGGUCAUUUCUUCAGCAUCAGCAUGUUGGCUAAUAAUGUCGUGAAGGCCAUCCAGGCAGCAGAGAAGUUGUUCAAACUGAAGCCUCCAGUCUGGUACCUACGAUCAUUAGUUCAGAAUUUAUUUUUAAUUCUGCGCUUCAAGAAACCUAUUAUUGAACAUUUUUCCAGGCGAGAACGGCUUAACUUCUGGUUAGAUAUAAUUUUCGAGGCAACAAAAGAAGUUAUUAAUGGACUCAGAUUUCCAGUUCUGGUGAUAGAACCAACCAGAGUCUAUCAGCCUUCAUAUGUCUCUGUAAACAAUGAAGCUGAGGAGAACACAGUUUCUCUGUGGCAUGUCUCACCCACAGAAAAGAAACAAAUCCAUGAAUGGAAUUUUACAGUCACUACCAUUAGGGGAGUAAGCAUAUCUAAGUUUGAUGAACGGUGUUGUUUUCUUUACGUCCAUGAUAAUUCUGAUGAUUUUCAAAUCUACUUUUCCACCAAAGAGCACUGUAGUAGGUUUUACUCUUUGGUCAAAGAGAUGAUAACAAAUGCAGUGGGCAAUACAGUGGAGCUGGAGGGAGAGUUCGAUGGGGACACCUUAGAGUAUGAGUAUGACCGUGAUCCGAGUGGUAAUCGAAUUGUGCUGGGGAGAGGUGCGUACGGGAUCGUGUAUGCCGGGAGAGAUCUGAAUAAUCAAAUACUGAUUGCCAUCAAAGAAAUCCCAGAGAGAGAUACCAGGCACUCCCAGCCUCUGCAUGAGGAGAUAGCUCUGCACAAGAACCUCAAGCACCGCAAUGUUGUUCAGUACUUGGGCUCUGUUUCUGAGAAUGGCCACAUUAAGAUCUUCAUGGAGCAGGUGCCUGGGGGAAGCCUUUCUGCUCUUUUGCAAUCAAAGUGGGGGGUGAUAAAGGAGUCCACCAUCAAGUUUUACACCAAACAGAUCCUGCAAGGCCUUAAGUAUCUCCACGAAAACCAAAUUGUGCACAGAGACAUAAAGGGUGAUAACGUUCUGGUGAAUACCUAUAGUGGAGUGGUGAAAAUUUCUGAUUUUGGAACUUCUAAACGUCUUGUAGGAGUGAAUGUAUGUGCAGAGACUUUUGCUGGCACUCUGCAGUAUAUGGCGCCUGAGAUUAUUGAUCAAGGAAUUCGUGGGUACGGUUCCCCAGCUGAUAUCUGGUCCCUGGGCUGCACCAUCAUUGAGAUGGCCACCGGAAAGCCUCCAUUCCAUGAGCUUGGUGAUCCUCAAGUAGCAAUGUACAAAGUAGGGCUGUUUAAGAUCCACCCUAAGAUUCCAGAAGUCCUUUCAGCUGAAGCCACAGCCUUCCUUUUAUGCUGUUUUGAGCCUGAACCCCAUAAACGUGCCACUGCUGCUGACCUGCUCAAAAAAGUUUUCUUAAGGACGGUGAACAAGGACCAGAAGACCCAAGUUGCUGCCCAGUCAUCAGAGGGUUCCCAGGUCUCUGCCCCGGCCCUGGGCAAGGGGGAAUCCGUGGGCUGCAGCAGCAGGGAGAAUGACCCUGACCCCCUGGAGUUGGAUGUCCAGCCCAAAAGGUUAGAGAAGGCCUGGGAGCCCAAGCCUGGGCUCUGCAACCUGCUCAGUAUUCUGGAUGAGAGCUGGGAAUCAGAAGACCAGAGCGCGGCCUUGACCCCUGAGGACAAGGACCCGUGUCUCCCGCUGAACAAGGACCACGAGUGCCGUGCCAUCCUGUACAGAAUCCUCUGGGAGGAACAGAACAAGGUGGUUUUCACCCUGCAGGAGUGCUUGGCCCAGAAUUCAGAAGAAUUGCACCUCUCAGUCAGCCACAUCAAGCAAAUAAUUGUGAUCCUGAGGGACUUCAUCCAUUCCCAGGAGUACACAGUGAUGACAUCCAAGAUAUCAGAGCUAAAGCUGGAACUGAAAUUUGAUAGCUCAUCCCUCAGUCAGAUUCAUAUGGUACUGUUUGGAUUUCAGAAUGUUGUAAGUAAAAUUUUGCGGAACCACUUCAUUGACCCCUACUUGAUGUCUGAAAUGGAUAACAUCAUCCAGAGAGCAGUGCUGGCUGCAGUCACCAUUCUCAUCCCAGCACUCCAAACCCGCUUUGAGCCUGCAUUAGAAGGGGUGUGUAAGGUCCCAGAUGAGGUGGACCAGGACAGUCCUCCAGCAGAUUCACCUGGAAGUGAAGCACAUGCAAUACUUGGAGGGGCCAGACCUGCUUCAGCACCUGUCCAGGACUCCCAGCCCCAGGAACCUCAGCAGGACCUGAGCCUCCAGCUCAACAGUCUAAGGAAGGAGAACAACAGACUUCUGGAACACCUACUUCAAACAGAGAGAGCACAGCAGAAUCUUCUACGGCAAACCCUAGAAAAGAAAACUCAAGAACUGCGUCAUCUUCAGUCACAAUUCAGAUCUAAUAUUAUUACAGAGAACCCAGCAUCAUCUCAUGGGCAGAAAACACAUCAAGAGCUUGUAGACUGGUUGCAACUGCAAGGAGCAGAUGCGAAUACUAUUGAAAAGAUUGUUAAAGAGGGUUAUACACUUUCUGACAUUCUUAAUGACGUCACUAAGGAAGACCUCAGAUACCUUGGACUAUGUGGCGGGCUCCUCUGCAGGCUCUGGACUGCAGUAUCCCAGUACAGAAAACAGACUAAGGGCGCCCUGGCCACGCAAGAUAAGGCUUAA